AUGCGCUCGGGGGUGGUGGUGCUGGGCGCCGUGGCCUUCGGCUACCUCUCCUUCCGCGUCGGCUUCAAGCCCUACCUCCACCAGGCCCAGGAGGCCAUGGACUCCGCCCGCGACCCCGACGCCGCCGCGGCGAGGGACGCGUCCGACGACCCCGCCGCCGGCCGACCCGGGGGAGACCUCGCGCCGUCCAAGGACCCUGCCGUCGUGCUUCGCGACUGA